CACCUUGUAAUAUAACACACCGCCUCUUUUGAGCAAUAAAUAAACGCGCGAGUAAAGGUCGACGAGCUGUUUAUUCACCCUGAGCUACUCGAUAGUCAGUGGGAGGAGAGAGAGUAAGAGAGAGGUGGUUCAUUUUUAAGCGCGUGAACGCCGGAGGAAAGCACUCUUGAACAGAAUGAGAGAAUCGAUCAGCUGACCUUCUGUAUCAUUAUUACUACUACUAAUAAGCCUCAAACCCAGACAGGACUCUCGCUGUGUUGCUGGUUUUCUCAUGAUUUAAACGGGAUUGGGGGGAAAAGGAUUAUUUUAGUAAUAUUUAACCGAACAGCAUUUUAUAGAGUUUAGAAGACGGAGACUAUGUCGCUGUACGUUGAAGGUCUGAGUAAAGAGUUACAUAGCGAUCCCAACAAGAUGGCCGAGUUUCAGGAAGUGAUGCGACAGCAGCUGGAGAGCUCUAUGCAGGCCGAGCUGGAAAAACUCUUGAGCACAGCCAAAGGUGCAGAAGCUGAGGUGUCUAAGAAGGACUUUGAAGGCUUUAGGAAGUUAUUCCAGCGAUUUCUUCAGGUGAAGGGACCUUCAGUAGAAUGGGCAAAAAUCAACAGGCCCCCUGAGGACUCGAUCCAGCCAUAUGAUAAGAUCAAGGCCAAGGGUAUUCCAGACAACAUAGCAGACAGUCUGAAUAAGCUGGUGGUGGUGAAGCUGAAUGGAGGUCUGGGAACCAGCAUGGGCUGCAAAGGGCCUAAGAGCCUUAUUAGUGUCCGUAACGAGAACACUUUCCUGGAUCUAACUGUCCAACAGAUUGAGCACUUGAAUAAAACAUAUAAUGCUGAUGUUCCACUGGUGCUUAUGAACUCUUUCAAUACGGAUGAAGACACUAAGAAGAUCCUACAAAAAUACACGCACCACAGAGUCAAGAUACACACUUUCAACCAGAGCAGGUAUCCACGCGUGAAUAAGGAGUCCUUGUUGCCGGUCGCUAAGGACAUGGCUAUGACAGGAGAGAAUGCAGAUGUGUGGUAUCCUCCUGGUCAUGGUGACAUUUAUGCCAGCUUUUAUAACUCCGGUCUGUUGGAGCAACUCAUCGCUGAAGGGAAGGAGUAUAUUUUUGUCUCCAACAUCGAUAACCUGGGCGCAACGGUAGACCUGUACAUACUGAACCACCUGGUGAGCCAGCCGAACGGCAAACGCUGUGAGUUCAUCAUGGAGGUCACAGACAAGACCAGAGCAGAUGUGAAGGGAGGUACGCUCAUUCAGUACGAUGGUAAGCUCCGGUUAUUGGAAAUCGCCCAGGUUCCCAAAGCUCAUGUAGAUGAAUUCAAAUCGGUGACCAAGUUUAAGAUCUUCAACACCAACAACCUGUGGAUCUCCUUAUCUGCCAUAAAGAGACUACAGGAACAGAACGCCAUGGACAUGGAAAUCAUAGUCAACCCUAAGACUAUAAAUGGGGGGCUGAAUGUCAUUCAGCUGGAGACCGCAGUGGGUGCUGCCAUCAAGUGCUUUGAUAACGCCUUGGGCAUCAACGUGCCUCGCAGCCGCUUCCUUCCUGUCAAAACCACAUCUGACCUCCUCCUGGUUAUGUCCAACCUGUACAGCCUGGAGGCAGGGUCUCUGAACAUGAGCGAGAGGCGCGAGUUUCCCACAACUCCUCACGUCAAACUGGGCAGCUCCUUCACCAAGGUUCAAGAAUAUGUCACACGGUUCGAGAGCAUUCCUGACAUGUUAGAGCUGGAUCACUUGACGGUGUCUGGUGACGUCACCUUCGGAAAGCAAGUCUCUCUAAAGGGAACCGUCAUCAUCAUAGCCAACCAUGGAGACCGAAUCGACAUUCCGGCCGGCUCUAUGUUGGAAAAUAAAAUAGUGUCUGGAAACCUUCGAAUCCUGGACCACUGAUUCCUUUGUGCCAUAUGACCUGGAUGAAGAAUCACAUGACCGACCAACACCUGUCAUUGUCCUCAUCAUCAUAACCAACCAUUAGGGAUGUAACGAUUCACUCAACUCAAGAUUCGAUUCAUGAUUUUGAUUUCAUGAUUCGAUUCACAAUUGUUUUUUUAUUUUUAUUUUUUUACAAAAUUAGAUUUAAGACAAAUAAUACAUUAAAUAUGUCCUUUUAUUAUUGUUUGGAGAAAAUGCUGCACGUUUAUUUGUGAAAUUGAAAUAUAACACUAUAAUAAUAUACUAAUAUAGCACUUGCAUGUUAUUGCACUUUUGUUGGUUUUGAUUGCUUCUAUUGUCCUCAUUUAUAAGUCGCUUUGGAUAAAAGCGUCUGCUUAAUGACAGAAUUUUAAUAUAAUGUUAAUCUAAAUGGCAAAACUAAAUUGAAAUUUUAAAAAAGCCCCAAAUCAAAUAAAUAUGUACCGUAUUCUUCGGACUAUAAGUCGCACCUAAGUAUAAUUCGCAUCAGUCCAAAAAUACGUCAUGACGAGGAAAAAAAUAAGUCGCUCUGGACUAUGUCACAUUUAUUUAGAACCAAGAACCAAGAGAAAACAUUAACGUCUACAGCCGUGAGAGGGCGCUCUGUUUUCAGUGUAGCCUACAGGAGCACUGAGCAGCAUAGAGCGCCCUCUGGCGGCUGUAGACGGUAAUGUUUUCUCUUGGUUCAUGUCAAAUUAAUUUUGUCCGGAAAAUAGGGUAACAAUUAAUUAAUUUUCAACCGGCUCACAGUUAAUCGUUACAUCCCUACAAACUACAGAAACACAAUCAACAUUCUGAUCAGUUCCAUGAGGGGAAAUAAAAGUGUCUGGGAAGUUCCAGAUCCUAGAGCACCCACACCUCUGUGUCAUGUGACCUGGAUGCCUAAUCACAUGAUCAACCCACACCUGCCACUCUUUAUCAGUGGUGCUGAUCUCAGCACACAGGUCCACAAACACCUUCCACGCCAUUCCGGAGACAUUUAUUUUUGUAGUAGUUUGUGUAUUUUUCGUUUUAUUUUCUGUCCUUCAGUGAUCCUCAAAUUUUAUGUAUGUAUCUCAUUGUGUUUUAGUUUUAGUUUUUUAUUCUGAGAAUGCAGUAUUUCUCUCUAUGAUGUAUCUAUGGCAUCACAAACUGACCCUUCGGGGACAGCAUCCUCUACUUGCUCGAAAAUGUGAAAGAAAGAGUGUGAAGCAAUAAGAGUUCUGUAACAGUGAAGGCUGACCGUUCUGUCUUUUGUGUUCUAGAACCUGUUCUACAUCCCGAACAUUCUGUGGAACUAAAUAAAGUGCAAUAUGGAGCAGAUCAA